AUGCUUAAGGUCCUGUGUCUGUUUGCUGUCUUUGUGGUCGUAGCAGCGAUGCCACAUCCACCAGAAUGGCCCUCACAAGGUCCAGCUCCGAUAGGAAGGAUUGUUAAGCGAGAAACGAAGGUACCUCAAAGAAUUCCGACCAAUCCAGAAAUAGCUAAGGAAGCUCCUGAAAGCGCCCUCACUGCGGAUGACGAUAUGGAUAAGGCAGAGACAUUCGGCUUUGGAUACCAUCACUAUUAUGCCUACCCGAGAUACUACUAUCCCAACUACUACUACGGAUAUUAUCCUUACUACGAUUAUGGUUAUUACUGGUAA